AUGCAGUUCAAAACAAUCCUCGGCGGAGCCGCGAUGCUCUCCUUGUCCACCAGCGCCGCUGCCAAGUUCGGACCCGGCCUCCCCGCCGCGACCAACGCCCUCCACGAACGCCAAGCGCCGACCACCGUGCAAAAGGCGGCCAAAACAGGGGAAGACCCCUGGCAGUGCGCGACGGAGGACAUCUCGCAGUACCUUGACAACGUCCCGACUCCUACCGGCAACGUCGAGGAGGCAAUCAACAACUACGGCCAGUCGGUCGGCGUUGAGCCGUGCAUGGCCACCGCAAAGGGCGAGGACAUCUUGCGUUGCUCGAUUUCCGACCCUGCGCGGUGGUGCGGCUUCACUACGGCUGCGAGUCCCGAUGUUCUUUCCAGCUAUUCCACCUACCUCUCCGAGGCCGUCUCGUACUGGACCGCCAACAGCGAGUCCAUCUCCGCCGUGGCUACCGACUGCCCUGUUGCGUGGGGUUCGGCUGACCUGGCUGCGCAAGAAUGGAUCAAGAUUGCCAAGGCUCAUGCGGAGUGCUAUCUCUCGGGCGAUUCCGUGACUAAGACCGGAUCGGGCACCGGGCCUACGGGGACCGGGCAGACUACCGAUUCUGCGCCGACGUCGACAUCGACCGAUAGCGGAGCCAUCUCUCCCCGCCAUCAAACAUUGGGAGCUCUCGCGUUGAUGGGUGCUGGCCUUGCCUUGCUCGCCAAUGCGGUCUAA